AUGUCUGAAAUUAUCAAUAAAGUGGUUUCCCACUUCUCCGAGCACCAUAUUGAUGUUGGUCUCCCCACGCUUGAUAGACCCUUUGGUAUCUAUUUAUGGGACGUGUUCACAGUUUUCUGUGUCAAGUCUUUUGGCUGGGAUCCCACUCAAUUCGAGUUCACUUCAAAUGAGGGUCUUCCUUUCACUACUCUUAACGAGGUUAUUAUUGCUAUUGUCACUUACUAUGUGGUUAUUUUCGGAGGACGUGCUCUCCUUAAAGCUGUCAACGCGCCAGUCAUCAAGAUCAAUUUCAUUUUCCAAAUCCACAACUUGUUCUUGACAAUCUUGUCUUUGACUUUGUUCUUGCUCCUUGUCGAGCAAUUGGUUCCUAUUGUCGUUCGUCACGGUAUUCUGUACGCCAUUUGUAAUACCGGCUCGUGGACUCAACCUAUUGUUACCAUCUACUACCUCAAUUACUUGACCAAAUACUAUGAAUUGUUCGAUACCGUUUUCCUUGUGUUGCGUAAGAAGGAUCUUACUUUCUUGCACACAUACCACCACGGAGCCACUGCCUUGUUGUGUUACACUCAAUUGCUUGGCCGUACCUCUGUUUCCUGGGUCCCCAUUGUUCUUAACUUGUUUGUCCACGUUAUCAUGUACUGGUACUACUUCCUUGCCGCUUGCAAGAUUCGUGUUUGGUGGAAAGAGUGGGUUACCAGAACUCAAAUCAUUCAAUUCAUUAUUGACUUGAACUUUGUCUACUUUGCCUCUUACACCUACUUCACCUCUACUUACUGGCCCCACUUGCCCAACAUGGGCAACUGUGCUGGUGAGGAGUUUGCCGCUAUUUACGGCUGUGCUAUUCUCAGUUCCUACUUGGUCUUGUUCAUCUCCUUCUACAUUAGAGUUUACACUCAAAAGGGAGGAUCUAAGAAGACUGCCUCUACCAAGGAGAAGGUUGCUGAGCAAGUUGGAAAUGCUGAGUUGGCUGCUGCUGAAACCACUGGCCGUAUUACCAGAUCUGCCGCUGCUCGUUCCAGAAAGGCUUAA